GCCGGGUCCCGCGCCCAGGAAAACCCCGCGCCGCGCCGCCCGGGGCUCCCCUCCUUCCAGCUCGGGCGCCCGGUGGGCGAAUGGACCAGGAGCAGUCAGGCCUCUUCCCCUGUCCCGAUGGGGCGGCUUUGCUCUGGGCUCCUGCUCCCUGUGAGCUGCCUGAUCCUGGUGUGGGCGGCAGCCUCUGGGAGUGCCCAAGUGCUACACAAGCCGUCCUGCAUCUCCGACUACCUCAGCAUCUCCACCUGCGAGUGGGAGAUGGCCCGUCCCACCAACUGCAGCGCCGAGCUCAGCCUGUCCUACCAGCUGGAGGCUGUGGUCCCUGAGAACUACACGUGCAUCCCCGAGAACCUCAGAGACACCGUGUGCGUGUGCCACAUGUUCAUGGAGGUCAUGUUCGGAGGGGACACCUACAAGCUCGACCUGUGGGCGGGGCGCCAGCUGCUGUGGUCGGCCUUCUUCAAGCCCAGCGAGAAUGUGAAACCCAAGACCCCCGGCAACCUCACGGUCCACACCAACGUCUCUGACACGGUGCUGCUGACCUGGAGCAACCCAUACCCUCCGAACAACUUCCUGUAUGACGAACUGUCCUACAUGCUCAACGUCUCCAGCGAGGAGGACCCCGUGGAGAUCAAAAUCUACAACGUGACCUACCAGGAGCCCACCCUGCGCCUGCCAGCCAGCAGCUUCAAGGCCGGGGUUUCCUACUCGGUGCGGGUGAGGUCCCGGGCCGGGAGCUACGACAGCGCCUGGAGUGACUGGAGUGCCAGCGCCAGGUGGCAGAACCACUACCAGGUGCCCCUGAAGCAGCGCCUCCCGCUGGGCGUCAGCAUCUCUUGUGUCAUCAUCCUGGCCAUCUGCCUGUCCUGCUAUUUCAGCGCCAUCAAGAUUAAGAAAGAAUGGUGGGACCAGAUUCCCAACCCCGCCCACAGCCCCCUGGUGGCCAUCGUCAUCCAGGACUCUCAGGUGUCACCAUGGGAGAAGCGGGCCCAAAGCCAGGAACCAGCCAAGUGCCCACACUGGAAAACGUGCCUGACCAAACUCUUGCCCUGCCUGCUGGAACAUGGCGUAAGGAGGGAGGAAGAGUCGCCCAAGGCUGUCAGAAACAGGCCUUGCCAGUGCCCUGAGAAGCCUGCCUGGUGCCCGGGGCUGAGCAAGGCGGUGCUGUGGCCAGAGAGGAUCAGCGUGGUGCAGUGCGUGCAGCUGCUGGAGGCCCCGGCGCAGGGCGAGGAGGAGGCCGUGGAGGAGGACGGAGCGGGCAGCCCAUGCCCGUCACCCGCGAGCAGUGCGGGCGGCUUCCUGGACGGCAGGGAGGGCAUCGUGGCCCGGCUCACAGAGAGCCUCUUCCUCGACCUGCUCGGGGACCAGCCAGGCUGGGGGCAGUCGGCCCUUCUCCCGUCCCCAGGAAGCGGGAGUGCCCUGACGCCCCGGGCCGAGCCCCCCGAUUCUGGGUGGCCAGAGGAGGCAUCGUGGCAGGGUGAGGAGCCCGCCUCCCCUGCCAGCCUGGCUAGCGCUGGGACGCCUGUCGUCGUCACAGACAACCCCGCCUACCGCAGCUUCGGCGCCUGCCAGAGCCAGACGCUGCCGAGUCCCCCGGAGUUUGCCCCCGACCCCCUGCUGGCCGAAGACUCUGGGAGCCCAGGUGCCGCCUCCGAGCUGGCCGCCGGGCUGCAGCCUGAGCCGGGAAGCUGGGAACACGUGCUACGCCAAUGGGUCCUGCAGCACGGGGCGGCCCCAGUCCCCGUCUCAACCCCCUCCAGUGGCUACCGGGAGUGUGCACCGACCGAAAAGCAGGCUAGCGCCCAGGAUGGCACAGGGCCGGCAGCCGGCCCUCCCGGAGAGGCUGGGUACAAGGCCUUCGCCAGCUUGUUGUUGGCUGGGGGCUCUGUCUGCAUGGGGACACCUGCGCCUGGGGCCAGCAGCGGGGGCGGGGGCUAUAAGCCGUUCGAGCACCUCGUCUGCCCCGGGGACCCGGCCCCAGUGCCCAUGCCCCUGUUCACCUUUGGACUGGACGUGGAGCCUCCUCCCUCCCCAGGGCAUCCCGUGGCCAAGGGAGGGGACGGGCAGAAGUCGCCACCGUCCCCAGCGCAGGCCACGCAGCCCGUCAGGGAUGACUUGUGCAGUGGCAUUGUCUACUCUGCCCUCACCUGCCACCUGUGCGGCCACCUGAAACAGUGUCACGGCCAGGAGGAGAGCGGCCAGGCCCAGGUGGUGGCCAGCCCCUGCUGUGGCUGCUGCUGUGGAGAUGGCGCCGAGCCCAAGAGCCCCUGGAGGACCCUGGAUCCCUCUCCGCCCCCCGACCAGGCUCACCUCCCUCCAGCUUCCCCGGAACCCCUAGGUGGCUUUGAGGAGGGCAAGCCCCCAGCGGCCGUCCCAUCUUCCCCCAGACACGCUCGGGACUCAAGCCAGCCCCCCAAAAUGGCGGGCCUGGUCUCCCCAGGGCCCACACACACGAGAGUUGCCUAGGUACGGGCACUCUUGCUGCUGAGGUCUUCGGGUGAGGCCUGGGGCUUCUCCAUGCCAGCCAGGAGCGUUGUCCUGGGACUCAGAGAACCAGGGUGUGAAGGGGUGACUUGGCCACACCCCUGGGGCCCCAGGGACUCCCCUGCCCUGCCCCCCAGCGUCAGCCUAGGCUUGCUGCGUCCCCCGGAACUGGGUGCCACUGGGCCAGCUCUGCCCAGGCACUCCCCAGGUGGUCCCGUCACACUUGCCCAAGCUGUGCCCUAGGCACUGAGUCACCUCGCACCCCGGGUCUGGGGGGAGCUGCCUGCAGCUCCCGGAAGUGGAAGCUGUUGUUGGAGUUUAGAAACAGACAGCCAACGCGGGAAUGAGUUGGGGAGCCUGGGCAGACAGGCUUGGAGAGGGAGGGCUUUGGGCCAGAGGUGCCCGGUCCUGGGGUUGGGGCCAAGGCGGAAUCGGCCCUGUUGAGCUGCACAGCUGGGAGGCGGCAAUCAAGGAAGAUGUGAGCAGUUGCCCCUGCUCCCCUCUAAGGCUGGGGCCCCCCUAGGAAGCAGGAGAAUGGAGGAGCCUCACCGCCUGCCAGCUGCCCCUGCCACUCCUCGGAGACACCUGCUGCGCCAGGAGCCGGGUGAGACUGUGCUGAGGUCCGGCGCAGGGCUGUGCCCGCAUGGGGUCACAGUCCCCAGGGGCUGCAAAAGCUAGCCUUGGCUUGAAGAAAGUUUGAGUCUCCCAGUUGUCUCACUGGUAGCUUCGUGUGCUGGGGGCGGGAGGAGUUUUCUAUAAAUAAAGGUUCGUCAUUUAGCAAGGAAGCGUCCGCCAGGCACUGUUGGGAGGCCUUGACCUCCGUUAACCCACCGAAUCUUCCAUCCGGCAGAACCAGGGCACAGGAAGUUAAGGGGUUUGCUGCCUCUGGCUCCUUCCGAGCCAGGCCUUGGCGGUCCAGGGCGUGGUGUCAGCCGCACUGCCAGUGCGGGCCGGUGACACGGGGAAGAGCACGCACGGCGCAUGCCCAGAGUCACCCGCCGCAGCCCAGGGCGCUGGGGCUCUACAGAGGCUGCUUCCAGGGUCGGUGAAUUCUCCAGCACUUGCUGCUGCCCCCAACUCCGGGAGAGGGAGGGGAGAACGAAUUCUUGGACUAGGAGCUGGCACGUGGAGGAGACACAGACAGGGCACUGGCGGUGGCUGGCUACUGCGCUUUGCCAAGGUCAGCCAGCUGGGUCCUGGCAGGCCCACAGUGUCUCCAGACCCCCGGCAGGUGGACAGACAGAGGCCCUGACUUCCAUGCGCGAGAAGUGUUGCUGUUGCAGGUUCCUGGCUGCUCGCGCACAGUGCAUAACGCCCUGGGAGUUAGGGCAGCUCACCACCGCCUCACCUGCAGUCUGGUUUUGAAAUAAAUAGCCCCUUGGGCUGAGCCCCAACCUAUCCCUUCGGCUGCCCAAAGGGCGAUUCCGAAGAGGGGAGAGGAUUGGCCCCGGGUUCCCUCGUGAGAGGAGCCUGAACCAGACUUCUGGACUUGAACCCAGGUCCAAGAGCAGCACCCGCAGCCGGCUUCAUCUGUCCCCUUAGGUACCAAGCGGCACAAGCUCAGCUGUCCACCACACCCACUGCAAGCAUCCUCUCAGAAAAAACAAGUUUGUAAAUGAAACUGCAAGGGCUGGCACUGUGGGGUAGCAGGUAAAGCCGCUGCCUGCAGUGCCGGCAUCCCAUAUGGGCGCCGGUUCGAGUCCCGGCUGCUCCACUUACAAUCCAGCUCUCUGCUGUGGCCUGGGAAAGCAGUGGAGGAUGGCCCAAGUCCUUGGGCCCCUGCACCCGCAUGGGAGACCAGGAUGAGGCUCCUGCCUCCUGGCUUCUGCCUGGCUCAGCCCAGGCCAUUGCACCCAUUUGGGGAGUGAGCCAGCGGAUGGAAGAUCGAUCUCUAACUCUGUGGAUAAAAUAAAUCUUUUAAAAAACGAAGCCACAAACAGGGGAAAUAUGUUUGUGGAGGUGGCAGAGACGCAGCCCGGCUGGGAUCCUGACGCAGAAUCGAGCCUGGAGUCCUGGUUCUCUCUCCAGGAUCCGAGGAGGAGGAAACCCAGGUUGUCGCUCGAGGCUCGUAUUUCCGAACUGGCUUGGCUUCGAGAAGCUGGAAUGGAGAGCAGGACAGAGGCACUUCCCACCUGUCACCUGCCCGAGGCUCAGGGACCACUGCCCCAGUAUCCAUUGAGCCCCUGCUACGUGCCAGGCGGGCCCCUUGCUUCCUGGUCAGGAACCAGACUUUUGCGCAGGGGAAAGCACAUUCAGGGUGGAGGGUAGAGGAAGUGCAAAGCCACGAAGCACCAGGCGUGUGGCAGGCUCUGGGAACCGACGGGAACCAGGACAUGACUAUGGCUGCGACCUGAGACAGGAAGUCGGAGCUUGGCUUCAGUACACAUUAGUCCCACCCACUGAAAAUCCUCACCCAAUAGAAAUCAGCCAUCAGGCUUCUCCCCCAAUCGGGGAUCAGGAGCCAAGGAGCGGAAGUGUUCCUCCUAUAGGACUCCGUCCGGCCUUGCAGAGGUAGGGGACUAGUGUUCCUCCUGACCACCGCGUCGUGAGACGGCCACUGGGCAUGUGCGGCUUCACACCUCCAUGACCAGCUGUCUGCGGGGCGGGCGGCCUUGCUUGGAAUUUCCGUAAAAAAGGACCCUUAAGGAAAAAAAAUCUCCAAAUCCGGUCCUUACCUCCCCAGGCAACCCCUCCUAACCCCUCUGUAAUGACUGACCCUACCCUUGGGGCCCAGGCCCCGCACACUCCCGCACACGGCAAGCACUGAGGCCUGUGGCCCGCGUCUUCCUCCCCAUCCUCUUUUUUUCCCCCAGCAACUUCUGGAGAGGCUGCGUUAACAAACCAGCUCUCAGAUUGCCAGCAUGGCACACACUUAUCCCGCGUGAGCACCGGUUGGAGUCCUGGCUGCUCCACUUCCUAUCCAGCUCCCUGCUAAUGCACCUGGGAAAGCAGUAGAGGAUGGCCCAAGUCCUUGGGCCCCUGCACCGACGUGGGAGACCCGGAAGAAGCUCCUGGCUCCUGGCUUUGGCCUGGCGCAGUCCUGACCAUUGCAGCCAAUUGGGGAGUGAACCAGUGGAUGGAAGACCUCUCUCUCUCUCUUGCCUACUUUCUAUCUGUGAC